GAUGCAAAUGACGGUACAAAAUGUCAAAUGUAAUUUACAAACCAAAAAUUCUACGUUUAUUUCGCCUCAACAGCACGCCCAAAAACUCCCUGCCCUCUUGACUUUCUAGCCAAUCGUAUUGCACCAAACGCGUUUGUUUACUUCGAUCAGACAUUGCAUUUUGUUUGUAAACAAAAAAUAACGAAUCUCUGGUGACGCUAGACUAUAACGUUUUGUUCUGUGGUGAACAUCCGCUGGUGGUAGUGUCUUGCUGGCUCGUAAUGGUUGCCAAGUUUGUUUUUUUGAGGAUAAAUAUUUAUAUUCAUUGUUGGGCUAAUUUCCUUCAACGUUGGCGCGAAAGUGUGGGUUUUUUUUGAAAUCGGUAAAUUUUAUGUCUUGCUUUAUAAGUAUGAGAAAGACUAGCUACCGAUCUGCAAGCGAAAUGGCUGAAUUUUUGGGUUAAAAUCAGCGUGUUUUGGUGUAGCGUGUUAUCAUAUUUUUGCUAGGUAAGUGCCCACGUUCCACAAGGGGAAAAUGGGAAGUCUAUUGCGUUGGUUGGAUGGCAAUGAGUUGGGUGUGAUUUCAUUGUUGGAAGUUGUUUUGGCAUAGUCUUAGACAGUGAAUGAUCGAUCAUAUAAAAGUGAAUGUUUUAAUAUAUUUAGAUGUGCAGGCAAUAUAUAUUGAAAGUUUAUUAUAAUUAAUUUCUAAAUACUAUAAUAGAAUUAAUAUAGAUUGCCUUAUAUUUUGCAGUAUUUGUAGAUCUGUAUCUACGAACUUAGGUUAGGUAUUUAACUGUUCAAACAAACUUGGAGAGACUGCAUUUUUUGACAAUCUGACUGAAGAUUUUUGUUACAAAUUUGGAGAAAGAAAAAUAGAAAAGAAAGAAAAAUAGUAGACAUCAUUUUUCCAAGAAUCAUUCAUCUUGUGUUUAUAAUAAGACAGGUAUAUGAUAUAUUUUGACUGCUAACCAGACUUUAGUAAUAAAUAAAGCCACUGGAAUUCAAAUUAGCUCAUAAUCUCAUGCAUCCACUUAAAAAAGGCAAUGUUGUCAAGAGCCACUUAAUCACAAUAUAAACACUUGGGGCAAUUUCACUUUGUAUAGGUAUGGAUUCGAGUUGCACACUUGGAAAAAAGCAUAUGAGACGAGUGCAAUUUGAAGUCUUUGAAAAACUCCCGAGUGCAUGCUUUUUCAAAUUCCUUAAGAAACUUGUAAAGAUGCAAAUUCAUGGUCACUUAGUUACAUGUGAAAUAAAUCAUUCAUGCACUUGUUUGAAUGGCAUAAUUACCAUACUGUAAUGCAUGUUCUCAACAGUCAGAAGUCAAAAUUUAUACUGACAACUUUAUAAUGUGAAAGAUGCAAAAGUAUUUCACAUUACACAUAUAUUCUUUAGGCCACAUAAAAAAAAUAGUUGGUUAGCAUCCUCCCCCGGCCACAAAAAAGGCCCUGCUCAGGAUUUUUUAAAAGCUUUUAUUUUACAGUAAUAACUUUAAAUGUGCAAGAUAUUAACUUCCACUAUAUAGUAAAUCUUUAAGUAAAAACUUGUUCUAGAAUAUAAAGCGUGCGAAAAUGACGGUGUGAAUCAUAUUUUGAAUUAUAUAAAAAAAAUAUCUGUACUGUGCAAGAAAAUCCAGUUUUGGACCUAAAACCAAGGUGUUAAAAAUUAGUAUAAAUUAAAAGAAAAAACACUCCCGCCCACUUUUUGGCAAAAGCUAAGGAUACUAACCAACUAUGUUUUUUAUGCGGCCUUAUAACACAGUAUUCAAUCCAUUAUAUUCUUCACUUAUCAGCAAAAGGCUUGGCGAAACUUUAUCUCAGUUCAUUCUGGUUCCAGCAGCCUUACUCUCACCCUGAUGUUGUUUCUCCAUCUUUUCUGGGGGCUCUUACCUCCUGAAAACCGAACUCUUUGCUACCCAAUUUUGGCCACAAAGGACUUGUGUGAUUUAUUAAAUAAAAAUAUAAAUAAAUGUUAAAGUGAAGCAUAAUAGUACAAGAUGUGUUAUAUUGAAUUCUAAUUUUGCAUCACACAUUUUUAGCAUAAUUUUAUUCAAUAUUGUUACCUUAAUAAGAAAACAGUGAAUAUCAACAAACUAUGUGCAAUGCAAGAAAGAUGCCAUCAAAAAACAUGACUAGCAUUGAAUUAACUUUUUUCUCCUCCAUAGAGUGCAAUCGUGUGUGUUGUUGAUGGCCAAGAAAGUUCCGUUCAAAGUAGUUCAUGCUUCUGGUUCUGAUGACGGCUACAGUGCAAAAGAAUUGGAAAUACAUUCGCCUACCACGAAAGGAUGGAGAUCGUCCAAGUAAUAUAUUUCGAAAUGAAUAUUUUGUUACUCUCUGUAUGUUGGUUAUAGUGGGUUUUCACAAAUACCAAAGAUUAUUUAUUCGGUUCAUUUAGAUUUUGUGUAUAUCCACAAGAAAUCAUUCUGAUGUUGCAAGAAUCCAUGAGGAUUCGUAAAUUGCAAAUUCUUGCGCAUCAGUAUUUAAUACGUAAGUGGACUACAACGAUUAUUAACUCAUUGAGCAUCAAGCGUUUAAUGAAAAAAUUUGUUUGGCGUUAGUGAUAGCGAGCGCAAGCAACGUCUUUGUCACCCAAAAAGUUUCGGCAGCAUUUUGCAUUAUAUAGCACUUGUGUAAGGAAUGACAAAUCUAAUGUUUUGUCAUAUGUGUUGAAGAUUACCACAAACUGAUACAUUUAACACAGUUUUUAAUCCGGUCCCCCCUCGGCAAUCUGACAUCCAUGUUGAUAAAACCGUUGCUUGCAACAAUGCACUCGAAAUAUAAAUUGAUUGCUACAGUAUUUAUCUAUUUUUGCUUUGUCAGCCACAAAGAUUGAAAUAUUUAUUGGUAGUAUUCCAGAAGGACAGUCGUCUUCACUUUUAACUUGUAAAUUUAAAAGGCUUGGGUGAGUAUAUAUUAAGAACGUGGUAACACGAGGAUCUAACAUAAUAUUGAUAUAACAUAAUAUUAUACAGUAUUGUUGCUGAGAGUGUCACUUUUUCACUCAAUAUUGUUUUUUUCUUGGAAAUUAAUUUACAGACAUGUAAGCUUGGUUGACAACCAGACUACUGACUACAAGGUUGGUGAUAUUGACUGUCUGUGUUUGAAGGUUCCCAUAGGCCUAAAAUAAAUAACUGUGGUUCCGGUUUCAUAUCGUGAAAAAUUAUCCAGGAUAGGUAGGUCGGAAAUAAAUUUUUUUUAAAUAUUUUUUUCAUAGUUUUGGCGGUUUUUGCUGGGCAAUUUUCAGUAGAGUCCUGUCAUCAAUAUUAAUAUUUCCUAUGGAUGAAUUUAGGCAAUUUGGUUCAAUAAUUAUUGUGACAACAGACAUCAUUUUGGCAUGCCUUAUGAGAAAAUAGGGUGCACAGUCAAUCACGUUGAAAAAAAUAAUAGGGUCGGAGACGCAAAGCGGACGCAUGGCGCCCGCACAGUGGACGCACCCGCAGACGCACAGUGGACGCACGACGGACGCACGGCGCCCGCAGGAUGGACGCACCCGCAGGCGCACAGUGGACGCAAGAUACCCGCGUCUUGGACGCGGUUUUUGAUAAGUUAUUUCUUGGCAGUACUGUAGGGUCAAUCGAGAAAUCGGAACCACUGGUAUUUUUUUAGGCCUUAUUGCCUGGAGUAACACUGAACAAAUUACAUGUAGAGGCACUUGUAACAGCCUACAUACCUCUGUCAACAAAUUAUGCCCUUUUCUCUAAAAUAUAAGCACAAUAUUGGAAGAAAAAGAGAAUUUAGAAGGGAUGUUUGAUAUUUUAGCAAUUGAACAUUGCCUUGUGAAUCUUACAGUAUGUCAUGUCUUUCAAAUAUUCAAUGUAAAUUUCAAAUAUUCAAUGCUUAAUAUUGUGUUGUGAGCACCUUAGAUUUCCCCAGUGGAUAGCAUAUCCCAGACCCUAUAUUUUGAGUUGUUAGAAGUCUAGGCUAACAAGUUAUAGUGACCGAGUUGAGGAAUUUACACAUACCAUGCAAGUACAGUACUUAGCUGAAGAUUCAGUUUAUCUACAGUAUAAUGUAACGCUGUAUUAAAAAAACCAAGUUUCAGAACAAAUAUUUAUAUUUUGUGAAAUUAUCUGCUCGUAUACAAUAUUUUAAAAAUUAAUUUUUUGUUCCUUUUAGUCAAGAGAGCUUAAAUCAGUUCAUUUAGAUGCCCAUGGACAGUUUGUCAAACUAUUUAUCCAUAAAAACCAUGUCAACAAAUACAAUUUAUACAAUCAGGUGAUUUUAAUAUCUUAAAAACAAUAACUACUUCUGAAUUUGCUCAUUUACAUUACUGCAACCAAUUAAUUGACUCAAUUAAUCACACAUUAUCAUCAAAUGUAAUUAUAUCAACGUUAAUUAAAUUGUGACAGGUGCAAAUAAUUGCCACGAACGUGAUUGCGGAGAACAUUGAAAGUUUCCAUGAGUUUAAUGACAGUAGUGUGAGUAUAAGAAUAAUAAUUUAUAAUUUUGGUUAAUCUUGGUUAAUUCUGAACUGAUAAACUCUAUAUUUGGUGCAAUAUAUAGUGAUUUGUAUUUUUUUUUUUGAAAUGUUAGUCCGCCAACAAACUGGUUGAUCAGUACAUGAAACAAGAGAAUCUUAUGCCCGGUGACCCGUUGUGGGGGAAAAUUAAUAAGUAAGUUAAAUUCCGAACAAACUAACCAACUAACAAACAGAAUAACAACUCAGGGCCGUAGCAAAGAAUGAAGAUAUUACCCACACUUUCCUGCAACUUAUCCAAUAUAUAGUUAAUUAAACACACCUUCGCCCAUUUACUGUAGUACUACCACAUUGUAAAUGUCGACAUACUAAAACGCUGUUUUCUGACCAUCAGAAUUCCGUCAAAUUUCAGAGAUUCUAAAUUUAAAAAUUCUAGCAAAAUCAAGCAGCGAAUAUAAAGCAAAGCCUAACUUUCUUUUGGCAUUGCAAUGUAUGUACUGUAAUCUAAUAAUGUAAGCGAGGGGUCUUCGCGGGAAUUCUUUUUAUAUUUCUCUGAUAGUUGUAUUUCUUAAUAUAAAGACUGUUUCUUGUUCUCAACCCUAUGUGUACUGACACCAAUCGUUCGAAAUUGUUGUGAUUAUGAUUUUUUUAUUAUAGACCUGAUUAUAUUUCACCACUGGAUGACAUAGCGUUUGCUAUGUACCAGGUAACGAUAAUCUUGGCUUUGUGCUCUUCGUUAGUAAACACUCUAACAUUCAUCCACAAGAGGCCUUCUUACCGACCAACAAUUAAUACGCUUCCGCUCAUUGCUUGCUUUAGGAUCCACAAACGGCUGAGAUAAUUCGAGAACUGGAAUUGAGAAAGAAAGAAGCUAUAAAAGGUUUUACGAAAUGAUGUCUUGAACUUAUAUAUUGACUCCAUUUUUGCUCAUAAAUGUACUUUCUCUUCUUGCUUAGAGGAUGAGUUUGUUGAAGCAAAAAAGUUUCAUCAAGUUAUUAACGAUCUUCACAAGGCAUGUUUUCCAUAAUUUUGGAUCAGUCAAUUAGCCUAGCAGUAAAUCAGCUAAUCAAUCAGCUAACUAAUCAAUUGGAUAAUCAAUUGGAUAAUCAAUCAGUUAAUUAAUCAAUCAAUCUAAUUAAACGAUUAGCUAAUUAACAAUCAGCUAGUCAAUCUAUAUGGUAAUUAAUUAACUAAUUAACCAUCAAUCAAUCAGCUGAAUGAUCAAACAGCUAAUCAAUCAAAUAGCUAAUCAAUCAAAUAGCUAAUCGGUCAAUCAGCUAGUAAAUCCGCUAAUCAAUCACUUAAUCAAUUAGCUAUUUAGUUUGUAAACUAUCAGUCUGGCAAACAAUCAAUCAGGUAAUUAAUCUAAUAGGUUAUCAAUCAGUUAAUUAAUUAACGAAUCGACCAGCUUCCUAAUCUAUCAACAAAUUGAUUAAUCAAAUUGAUUAACCAGUGAAUCAAUUAAUGGAUGAAUCUUUAAUCCAUUAGUUGUUCGUGUCUUUUAGGUUGGGGAAAGACUUGGUCGUCUGAAUGUUGAAAAGCAAAAAGCAAUCGAAAUUGAAGAUUAUGAUUUAGCUAUGGUUAAGAAGGUUGUUUGAAGUUGUGUUUAUUAUUAGUCUUUACACUGGUUGUAGGUGCGGGUACACAACGCAUGUCACGUGGCCAGUUCCUAUGGUCACAUGAUUAUUCCAUACUCAUGUUUUGUGGUUUAUAACAUGAAGUAUUCAAUGACAUGCUAAAGUAACAAUAAAGUGAUAUACCAGGGCCUUCACGUUCCAGAGUUAACGUGUUAGGUAGUAUAGUACUUCACACAUUUUAUGCAUCUCCGUUUGUUUGUUUGUUUGUUUGUUUGUUUGUUUGUUUGUUUGUUUGUUUGUUUGUUUGUUUGUUUGUUUGUUUCGCCAAGUUUACAAUACAACAUUACAUCCAAAUACGUCACAACCCACGACUUUCGGCAAAGUGUUGACUCACUUUGUUAAUCUAUCCAUUUCUACUCAAAAUUACUUUAUUGGGAAUACUUACUAAUAGCUAUUAAUCAGUGAUGAACACUUCGCAAUGUACAUGUAUCGGGAGGUUGGAAUAAAUUAUGCCGUUCUUUUGUCCUUGCAAUCUUCAUCCCUCAAAAGUUUUAUCGCCAUUAAAAUAUGGAUAAUUUUGAUUUCAUAAUUUUCAGCAACAAAUUGACGAGUAUCGUAAAGUGGUCACAGAUCGCCUGGUAUCCGCUGGUAUUAUUGAAGAGGUAUUCUUCUAAAACCGACUUGUCACAAACUUCAUCCACCCAAAACUCAGUUUUGGAAUGCCUGAACUCCUUUUUCAAAAGCCAGAAAUCUGUUUUCAAAUUAGAGGUGUAACUUCACACUUGCCCGCUUGCCCAGGGCAAGUGAAUAUCAUGACGGCCAAGUAAACUGAAAUUCCUUGUUGACAAGUUGUUGGAAUACCAUUGUUUCAACUUGUUAUCAAGCUUCAACACAUCUUGUUGACAAGUUGUUGGAACAUCAUUGUUACAACUUGUUAACAAGCUUACUACAAGCCUGUUAAGAACUCAUCUUCCUGACAAGUUGUUGAAACAGCAUUGUCACAACUUGUUAACAAGCUUGCUACAAGCCUGUUGGGAACACAUCUUUCCACAACUUGUUAACAAUCUUGCUACAAGCCUGUUGAGAACACAUCUUUUCACAACUUGUUAACAAUCUUGCUACAAGCCUGUUGAGAAUCAAUGUUCACAACUUGUUAACAAUCUUGCUACAAGCCUGUUGAGAAUCAAUGUUCACAACUUGUUAACAAUCUUGCUACAAGCCUGUUGAGAAUCAAUAUUCACAACUUGAUAACAAUCUUGCUACAAGCCUGUUGAGAAUCAAUAUUCACAACUUGUUAACAAUCUUGCUACAAGCCUGUUGAGAACACAUCUUUUCACAACUUGUUAACAAUCUUGCUACAAGCCUGUUGAGAAUCAAUGUUCACAACUUGUUAACAAUCUUGCUACAAGCCUGUUGAGAAUCAAUGUUCACAACUUGUUAACAAUCUUGCUACAAGCCUGUUGAGAAUCAAUGUUCACAACUUGUUAACAAUCUUGCUACAAGCCUGUUGAGAAUCAAUGUUCACAACUUGUUAACAAUCUUGCUACAAGUCUGUUGAGAAUCAAUGUUCACAACUUGUUAACAAUCUUGCUACAAGCCUGUUGAGAAUCAAUGUUCACAACUUGUUAACAAUCUUGCUACAAGCCUGUUGAGAAUCAAUGUUCACAACUUGUUAACAAUCUUGCUACAAGCCUGUUGAGAAUCAAUGUUCACAACUUGUUAACAAUCUUGCUACAAGCCUGUUGAGAAUCAAUGUUCACAACUUGUUAACAAUCUUGCUACAAGCCUGUUGAGAAUCAAUGUUCACAACUUGUUAACAAUCUUGCUACAAGCCUGUUGAGAAUCAAUGUUCACAACUUGUUAACAAUCUUGCUACAAGCCUGUUGAGAAUCAAUGUUCACAACUUGUUAACAAUCUUGCUACAAGCCUGUUGAGAAUCAAUAUUCACAACUUGUUAACAAUCUUGCUACAAGCCUGUUGAGAAUCAAUGUUCACAACUUGUUAACAAUCUUGCUACAAGCCUGUUGAGAAUCAAUGUUCACAACUUGUUAACAAUCUUGCUACAAGCCUGUUGAGAAUCAAUGUUCACAACUUGUUAACAAGCUUGCUACAAGCCUGUUGAGAAUCUAUAUUCACAACUUGUUAACAAUCUUGCUACAAGCCUGUUGAGAAUCAUUCACAACUUGUUAACAAUCUUGCUACAAGCCUGUUGAGAAUCUUCACAACUUGUUAACAAUCUUGCUACAAGCCUGUUGAGAAUCUUCACAACUUGUUAACAAUCUUGCUACAAGCCUGUUGAGAAUCAAUAUUCACAACUUGUUAACAAUCUUGCUACAAGCCUGUUGAGAAUCAAUGUUCACAACUUGUUAACAAUCUUGCUACAAGCCUGUUGAGAAUCAAUAUUCACAACUUGUUAACAAUCUUGCUACAAGCCUGUUGAGAAUCAAUGUUCACAACUUGUUAACAAGCUUGCUACAAGCCUGUUGAGAAUCAAUAUUCACAACUUGUUAACAAGCUUGUUACAAGUCUGUUGAGAAUCAAUAUUCACAACUUGUUAACAAGCUUACUACAAGUCUGUUGAGAAUCAAUAUUCACAACUUGUUAACAAGCUUGCUACAAGUCUGUUGAGAAUCAAUAUUCACAACUUGUUAACAAGCUUGUUACAAGCCUGUUGAGAACUCAUCUUGUUGACAAGUUGUUAAGAAGCGUGUGUAGUUCUCGUCUAUUUCCUAAAACCGACGUGAAAUGGUUUUGUUGAACCUUGUUCUCUUGCAGUCCCACAAGGAAGCGCCUCCGAUGACAGAUCGUAAUUCGAAUCAUGCCCCGCCCAGUACUCGUUCGCCUCAGUCACCACCUUUACCCCCGAUAACAAGACGUGCCGUACCUGAGACCCAGUCCCCCGAGGUCCCCGCUCCGACAAAAUCGCCAAAUAUAAGUCCCAGACCUCCCGAAGAUAAAGAACAAAGUCCUUCGUCACCCAGAGUCUCUCCUGUGCAGGUGAGGUACUCUAUAUGAUUUGGGCAUGUAUAGUUUUAUAACUCGAACUGUCUGUGUCUGAGUAUCCAAUAUAUAAAAGUAGUUAGUUUAGUUUCCUCCUGUAGUAACACUGGAUCAAUAAGAGACGAACCGUACUGGAUGGACGCCAAAGAAGAACAUUUUAGAACAGAUGGAGCUAUCUAGAAUAUAAAAGAAGUUAUUUUAGUUUCCUCCUGUAGUAACACUGGAUCAAUAAGAGACGAACCGUACUGGAUGGACGCCAAAGAAGAACAGUUUUGAACAGAUGGAACUAUCCAGGAUAAAUAAAGUUAGUUGCCUAAUGUCGACGUUCUCUUUUUAGAAAACUGCUGCAGACGAAAGACCGCUACCAACAAUGGCUAAAAAGUAAAGUAUUGUACAACCCUGUAGUCAUUUUACAACUUGUAGCAUGUGUUCUUAUACUACUUCCUUAUAUACUUUAAUAUUUCGUCCUUUUUUCGCAGAGAUACGCAAGAACCAGUUGACCAGAGUCCAACAGGUAUACAGCUAACUGAAAGACAUCAUUUUCGAGACCACUAUUGUUUUUGUUAGUUCUUUUUAAUUUUAAUCAAUUAACUACUGUUCAAAAACAUAUUAAUAUUGUUGCCGACAUUUGUUAAAUUUAUUUUCUAGAGAACACAACGUCUCCGUCACAAGGUACAGUAAUGUAACUCUUCCUAUUUAUUUUCUGCUCUUGGUAUAAAGCUAUAGUAUAUAUUCUAAACAAUUGCAUUUUUUCUAGGUGGACCCAGUGAACUGAAAGAAAAGGACGCAAGGGAAGCCGCUUUGGCAAUUGAUGUUUUUGGAGAACAUGUUGUAAGGAUUAACGAAGCAUAUUUUUUAUUUUCUCACGGCUAAGAAGUUUUCGCAUCGCUGUUUCUUAAAUUCCUAUAUAACAAAAGGGAUUAACGUUGUUUUUCACUUCGAUGUCAGCCGGUCUAUUACCAUUUACUGCAUGUUAAGCCUUGUUCACACUAUUAAAGUUUCUGUGAUAACAGUAGGAAUUUUGCAUCGGGGAAUUCUAAGUUUUGAAGGAUUUGUAAGAAAUGUUUGAGGAAACUGACUCACUGUUUAACAUUAAAUCAGUUUGCUUAAAGUGCCUAUGACACGAAAUUUCUCCCCAAAUGUUUAUGAUUGCAUUGUAAAGAUCACUUAAAAUGACUUCAUAAUUUCUUUUAUAGAAUUUUGGUAACUUGCUUCCUUUGCAAAAUAUUCAACUUUGUUUCAUAUCACAUCGCAUAAUGACAUUUUGAAAACGCAAUAUUUUACCUUGAUAAAAUAUUUUUACAAACAAAUACAGAGGGUUAAUUACCAGUCAUGAAAUUAAUACAUAUACAAGGGCAAUUUGUAAGUGUUUUAGAUACGUAUUCGUCAAGAAAACUAUACUUUUCUGAAAACUCAUUAUGUGAUGUGAUGUCACACCGGUGAUAUUUGCAUAUGAAACAAAUUUGAAUAUCUUGCAAAGGAAGCAAGUUACCAAAAUUCUGUAAAAGAAAUUAUUAAGUCAUUUUGAGUGAUCUUUACAAUGCAAUCAUAAACCUUUGGGGUGAAAUUUCGUGUCAUAGGCACUUUAAACUUUCUUACAAGUCCUUCAAAACUUUACCGAUUGAAUUUACCUAUGCAAGCCGUAGGCUACGACCACACUAAUCCGUUUUCAUAGCGUUUUCGAAUUGUUCUCCAUAGAGAUCAAUGGUCGAGCAAUACGAAAAGGGAUUAGUGUGAACGUCGUGAACCCACAUAUUCAACUUUUUCUCAGGUUCGUUGUGUCUACACGAAACAAUGGAAAUAUCGUCAAGAAGGAAUGGAGGUCAUUAAAAGAGAAUUAACUUCAGAGAAACCGGAGUCGAUCGCCGAACGUGAUUCAAGGUCUGUCAUCCGAGCUGUUGUUGAUCUGUUGAAGAAGGGAAUCAAUGAGCAAGUACAUCCGGUGAGAAUGAUGUUUAACUCGUGGUAACCAACAGUGGUGAAAUACCUGAGAGGCUUCCUCGCGGGCAAGUUUGAGCAGGCAUAUACAGUAGUUUGAGCAGGCAUAAUAAUUUGUUGUGACGAGGAUGGGGCUGACUCCCUUUCAUCCCUAUUUAUCCCCUCUUCACGAAUAAUUUACUCUCUUUACCCUUUACUCUCUUUACCCUUUACUCAUAUAACAUAUCUUUUUUAAUACUAUAUUCACAGGUGUUUGUUCUUUGCCUGUCCAUCUUAAAAGAUUUGCUCACAACUUACAUCCCAAAGCAGUAAGUAGAGUUGCUCUGAUAAGGGAACGUUAUAAGAACGUGAUAAGCUUUUCGUUAUCAUAAAAGUAUAAACAACUUACUUUUGUUAAUUCUAACAUGUCCAAUUUUAUUUAUAUUUAGAGAAGCUCAAAGCGAAAUCCCAUUUGUUCUGCAAAAGGUAAUAAUUAAUGUAAUAGUGGAGGACACUUAUACUGUAUACGUCGGUUAAUGCAUGGUUUGUGAAACUUACAUAGUCCUGGGCCGGUUGUGCAAUGCUGGAUUAGUACAAAUCUUAGAAUUAAACCGCUGUUUUAUUGUGUAUUUCUGCACGUCCAUGCAUUUAUUUCAAAACUUCUGAAAAGAAAACUCCUAUUGAUCCAGACAAGAUUCUGAAGAAAUAUUUCCAAGUUUAAAAACAAACUGGGUGGAAAUUUGCUUUGAAUUUUCGGUUGACCUAGGGUUAAGGUGACCGGCUUUCGAACUAUUAACCGGCUCCAGAUUACAGUGGUGCAUAAUAAGUUAUUAGUGUACUUCAAAAAACACUUUAAUGGUAGAUUGUUGCACAUAUGUGUUAGUUUCAUUAUUGCAUAAAAUGUUUUUCUAUUGAUCGUUUUUAGACUAUUCCUUUAUUGCUGCCCAAAACAGGAGAUAUGGUAAGUAUAUUUGUAUAAGAUAACUUUUAAAGGAUAUUUAAGUCAUAUGUUGGCAUAGGCACUACUGAAAGAAACAACCAGUAGUCAUCUUUAUAUUUAUUUCCCAUUUGUGGUGUGAACACGCAGCCAUCUUUACUAUAACCUGUAUGAAUAUAUAGACUUCAAGAAUUAAGAAUUCUGCCAUGGAGUUUAUCAUAGAGAUCUCUGAGUAUGAAGGAGUCAAGGUAAAGCAUUGUCAAUAAUAGUUAUUAUUAUACAUUUAAUAUGUAUUCUCGUUUCUAAUUGGUCAGAAAGCACCGGCUAAUUUUCAGUAUUCGGCAUUUAUUACGUAUUUUCCGCCGAUGACGUCAUCGGCGUCCAAUAAUUGUUUUUUUGGAUCGAACUUGCAUCCAAAAUAAAAAUUAUUGGACUCUCUCGUGCCCAAACCCUUGCGCGGCCAAAAGCUUGAACCUAUAAGAUCGCGAAAAAAACCAAAAAAAACAAUGGCCUACAGCAGAUUUGCUUCGCUGAAUGAAAGUGAACUCUCCGAAUUAUUGGCAGAUAAGGAUAGUGAAAGCACGAAAAAAGCCACAAAGGGGUAAAUAGAAGUAGAAAUAGAAUAUUUAGCUGACCUUUGAUUUUGUGCAAGGUGUUUGAUAUUCAAAUUGUACUUUUCCUACCUCAUGAACAGGAAUCGUUUUAUACGUUUCUCAUGUCUUUAAAUGUAUAAUAAAACAAUUAUUGGAUUCGGCUUUCGCAUGAUAUCAAGAAUUAUUCAGACCUCGGUCUAUGUUAUCCGCCUCAGCUUCGCUUCGGCAGAUAACAUUGACCUCAGUCUGAAUAAUUCUUGAUAUCAUGCUCAGCCUCAUCCAAUAAUUGCUUAUUAUAUUUAUGUACCCGACUUUUGGUGAGAACAGCUACAGAACAGAAGAGCUUUGUUUGAUGUUGAACCGUCCCUCACCGAGUACAAAUCCUUUGUCUCAACGUCCUCAAUUAUUAUUCAUCGUGGUUGCUGCACGUUUUAUCUCAGCCAUCUCUAUUGAACGAUUACUUCAGAAUACGAAAAUACAAUGAGCUCAUCAACGUAACCGUACAGAAAUUAACAUAAACUCCGACAAAAACAUAAAGCCUUCUGUUUAGUUUCCAGGGGUCGGUUGUUCAAAGCUGGGUUAGCUUAACCCAUGGAUAAUAAAAUAAAUGGAUAGGACUCUAGCUGACGUAAGCAAAAACAACCUAGUUGCAAUCUGUGACGUCACGCGUAUUGCAAAGUUCUCGGCAUUUUUGUUGUUUCGCUAUACUUUCCGCUUUAAAAGAGUAAUAUUGAAGCAUAUACUGGUCUAAUUGUUUUAAAAACAUGCCUAAGCCACGACAAAGUAUUCAGGGUAAAUGUUUUUCGUCUUUGUUUUGUAUUUUUUUACAUUUGUAGCUACGAAAUUGGCGUCCCCAAUUUUAACGAAAUUUGGGAUGCCUUUUCACUGUUUAGUGCUUGAAAUAUUUGCUAAAAUUGACCGGGAAUACUUAGAGAUUUCAUCGUAGAAUGGCGUAGUUAUAUUCAUUUGCUCUUUGACUAAAAUAUUUAGCUGUAUUAUUGCUAAACAUGCCGUUUUUGAGAAUUUGGUUUGCAACUAGGUUUCAACACAGAGUAGAUAAGACAUACAGAGACGUAACUGACCGUUGUCUGCGUUUUCAUGUACCCACUUUUUUUCAGGCGACCGGGCGAAAAAUGAUCAACUGCGCGUGCUCAGCAAGUUUAAAGUGAGUCGUCAUCAGGUCGUCAUCCAAUCAGAUGCAUGCAUCUAGUAACUUGCCGAGCAUGCGCACAAAAAAGUGGGUACACUAGUUACGUCUCUGUAUGUCUCUACUCUGUGGUUUCAACAUCCAAUCACGCCAUCAGCCCAUUGAAAACAUUAGGUCACGUCAGCUAGUUUCCUAUCCAUUUAUUUUAUUAUCCAUGGUUCAUUUUAUGCAUGACGAAACCCGAAAUUUAUAGUUUGAUGGUCACAACAAAUUUGAGCAUAAAAAUGUUAAAAUUGUACACUAAAACACUAGGUAUUAUAUUCGAAAUCACUGGAACACGACUAGUUUUAAAUAUGCUUGAACUGAAUUUCAUACAUGGAGUAUUUCAAAAGUUCUGAUCGGUUAUCUGUUUAAAAACUUUUGAAAUCAUGCAUGUAUGACAUUCAAUUCAAGCAUAUUUAAAACUAGUCGUGUUCCGGUGAUUUCGAAUAUAAUACCUACUGUUUUGGGUGUACAAUUUUAACAUUUUUAUGCUCAAAUUUGUUGUGACCAUCAAACUAUAAAUUUCGGGAUUCGUCAUGCAUAAAAUGAACGAACAAUUCACAAAUAAUUCCAUAUACUUCGUAAACAAUCACAACAUAUAUUUCAACUGAUAAGACAAAUAAAAAGCUAUAGAAACUAGAACAAUGUAUAAACGAACAAUAUUUUACUCAUAUCAUGAGUAACAUACCAAUAUGUGUUCAAAAUCACCUCAAAUUUGAAUAAAUCCAAUCCCAGAAACUAGUUAAAAAUUUAUGCAUGCGGAACAAGCAGUUGUGCCAAUGUUUACAGACCACCGUCCACAGUACUACUUGGUUUGUGGGUUCAAAUCCCAAAACACUGAACUUAUAAGUUACUAAAAAAAAAAUGGAUCUGAUGGAUCGGAUGGAUCUGGUGGAUCUGAUGGAUCCGAUGGAUCUGAUGGAUCAUCAGAUCCAUCGGAUCCAUCAGAUCCACCGGAUCCAUCGGAUCCACCAGAUCCAUCGGAUCCAUCAGAUCCAUCGGAUCCACCAGAUCCAUCGGAUCCACCAGAUCCAUCGGAUCCAUCAGAUCCAUCAGAUCCACCAGAUCCAUCAGAUCCACCAGAUCCAUCGGAUCCACCAGAUCCAUCGGAUCCACCGGAUCCAUCGGAUCCAUCGGAUCCACCAGAUCCAUCGGAUCCACCAGAUCCACCAGAUCCAUCAGAUCCAUCGGAUCCACCGGAUCCAUCAGAUCCAUCGGAUCCAUCGGAUCCACCGGAUCCAUCAGAUCCAUCGGAUCCACCAGAUCCAUCGGAUCCAUCGGAUCCACCAGAUCCAUCGGAUCCAUCGGAUCCAUCAGAUCCAUCGGAUCCAUCAGAUCCACCGGAUCCAUCGGAUCCAUUUUUUUUUUUAGUAACUUAUAAGUUCAGCGUUUUGGGAUUUGAACCCACAAACCAAGUAGUACUGUGGACGGUGGUCUGUAAACAUUGGCACAACUGCUUGUUCCGCAUGCAUAAAUUUUUAACUAGUUUUUGGGAUUGGAUUUAUUCAAAUUUGAGGUGAUUUUGAACACAUCACGGGCAAUAGGACAGGUGUAGUGUUGUUAAAUAGAAAGUUAGAAAUUGUAUUAUACUUACUCGUGCAUUAUAAUUAUGUUUAAAAGAUCAGAAUAUUCAUAACUUCUUAUUUUGUUUCAUAAAUAGUUCUUUAAUAUUCGAAAGAAAUUCCAUAUCUGCUUCGUCUGCCAUCGCCAUGUUUACUCGUCCCAAUUUACAUGCUGGACGGCAUUGCCGCCCCUCCUGGCAAUCGCUUGCUUAUUAUUUUGCCAGGAGGGGCGGCAAUGCCGUGUAGCAUGUAGAUUGGGAAGAGUAAACAUGGCGAUGGCAGACGAGAAGCAGAUAUGGAAUUUGUUUCGAAUAUUAAUUAAAGAACUAUUUAUGAAACAAAAUAAGAAGUUAUGAAUAUUCUGAUCUUUUAAACAUAAUAUAUAAUACCAUUUCUAACUUUCUAUUUAACAACACUACACCUGUCCUAUUGCCCGUGCACAUAUUGGUAUGUUACUCAUGAUAUGAGUAAAAUAUUGUUCGUUUAUACAUUGUUCUAGUUUCUGUCUUAUCAGUUGAAAUAUAUGUUGUGAUUGUUUACGAAAUAUAUUGAAUUAUUUGUGAAUUGUUCGUUCAUUUUAUGCAUGACGAAUCCCGAAAUUUAUAGUUUGAUGGUCACAACAAAUUUGAGCAUAAAAAUGUUAAAAUUGUACACCCAAAACACUGGGUAUUAUAUUCGAAAUCACUGGAACACGACUA